AGAGGCAUUAUGAGACUUAUUCAAAGUCACUAGAGGACUGGAGACACUUCGGCCGAAAGACAAAACAGGACUCCUUCAAGACAGGUCCAACACUACGAUAACAGUCAUGAAGAACCUGGUGGUGGUCCUUUCUCUGUGUCUGAUUGGAGGAGGUUGUUUACCAGACAUUGUGAUCAACAACAUUAAUGGAGGAACCGGCGGUGGUGACCCAUCUUUCUCAGGGAAUGGAUGUUUCAGAAACUUCAACGUGCGCAGCUGUAAACAACUCAAAGACAAACAUGACAUCAAUAAAGAUGGACUGUACUUCCUCACUUCGGCCACCGGGGUGGUCUACCAGACCUACUGUGACAUGACCACGGCUGGCGGAGGCUGGACACUGGUGGGGAGCGUGCACGAGAACAACAUGUAUGGGAAGUGCACGGUGGGUGACCGCUGGUCAAGCCAACAGGGGAAUGACAUCAACAACCCAGGAGGAGACGGGAACUGGGAGAACACGAACACCUUUGGAACAGCAGAGGGCGCCACCUCUGAUGACUUCAAGAACCCUGGGUAUUAUGACAUCAUGGCGGAGGACGUGUCUGUCUGGCACGUUCCUAACAGAGCUCUGUAUUCCAACUGGAGAAGCAGCUCUAUCCUCCGUUACCACACUGAGACCAGGUUCUUAACUCAGUAUGGAGGAAACCUAUAUGGACUGUUCCAGAGUUAUCCAGUGAGGUAUGGAAUUGGACAAUGCAAUGUCAACCUGGGACCAUCCAUCCCAGUGGUAUAUGACCUGGGAACGAGGGAAACCACCAACAUGUUCUAUGGGCCUGCUCCCAGAGGUGAGUUCCAGCCAGGCUUCAUCACAUUCAGAGCAGUCAACAACGAGCGAGCAGCCAUGGCCAUCUGCUCUGGGGUCAAACCCACUGGCUGCAACACUGAACACUACUGUAUCGGAGGAGGAGGAUUCUUCCCUGAGGGUAGCCCUAAACAGUGUGGGGACUUCUCUGCCUUUGACCGGGACGGCUACGGCACCAACGCAGGCUGGAGCGCAUCCAAGGCGAUCACUGAAGCUGCUGUGAUGCUCUUCUACCGCUGAGACCCUGAACAACUGCAUUCUGUCUGGGGCAGUCAGGACCAUUAUAGAGAAAUGGGUGGUGUCUGAAUAAACACGCUAUGACAACUGCUGAUUUAAAAAGGGCUUUAUGAAUUACAUUUAAAUAUGUUGUACUGAUUACUGAAAUCUUCAUCAAACAAGAUCAUUUCAUAUCAUACUGAUAUUACACAAACACCUGUAACUUCCAUGACUCAAUAUUGUCCUCUUUACUCUAUUUAAUGUCUCUCUUCCCCUUGUUUCUGUGUCUCUCUCUCACUCUGUCUCUCUAAAACUCAGUAUUACCAAUCAAAUCAAUACAA